GCAUGAAAGAUCUUUUAUCUUGUCCAACUACAAUGACACAAAACUCUCACCUUAGCGAGAACGAAAAUGAAUCUCUGGAUAAUUUGCUUCUCCGUCUCGCCGCAGAGCAUAAAAGGCCUUUCACUGGCUGGGAUUACACCUACCUCAAUGAUCGUAUGAAAGAGAAACAAGACGAUCUACCUUGGAAUUAUGAAAACACCGUUAAAGAAUUAUUAGAGGAGUGUACAGGACUCUUAGACAUAGGUACAGGUGGCGGUGACUUUCUUGCAUCAUUAAGUCCAUUACCAAAAGAUACUUGCGCGACUGAAAACCGGGCUCCCAACAUUGACGCCGCAAGACGACGCUUAAAGCCACUUGGAGUGACUGUUACAGCUGUCACUGAAUAUGAUGUUCGACUCCCGCUUGAUGAUUGUAGAUUUGAUUUAAUUAUUAAUCGCCAUGAACCUUAUCUUUCUUAUGAAGUUCAUCGGCUUCUUAAAUCAGAUGGUUUAUUUGUCACACAACAAGUAGGUGAUAGAGAUAAUAUGGAAUUGAAUCAACUCUUGAAUGCACCAGAACUCCUUGGGCAUCGCGAAUGGAAUUUAGAACACGCUUGUAACGAAUUAGAAAAUGUUGGCUUUUCUAUUUUAUUGAAAGAUGAGGCAUUCAUGGAGACUAAAUUUUAUGAUGUUGGUGCGAUCGUGUAUUAUUUGAAGGCUGCCCCUUGGCAAAUUGAAGAUUUCUCUAUUGAAAAAUAUUCUGAGCAACUUAUUAAUUUACAUCAUUUAAUUCAAAAAGAAGGGUGCCUUUCUGUUAAGAGUCAUAGAUUUUUUAUUGUUGCUAAAAGGUAA